AGACCCCGCGCUUUAAGCACGGCGGGCCCAUCCAGAUUUUUCCAAUAAAGGGAAGGAACAAAAAAAUCCCACGCCUCUGCCCCUUUGUCUGCCGUUGCAUGUGUUUCUGUUGGGAGAUCGCGCAAUUUCUUCUCCCACUCCGGGAAGAACCUCAGCGUUCAAGACGUUCUCUGCAAAAUCCACGCGAUUCUCGUUUCAUCUUCGCGAUCUUAGCUGUAGCCUGGUAGGAUUUUUGUUUCUAGCAGUAAUUGUAAUCCGGGAGUCAUGAAUUGAAGCUCGAUUCCGAGCACAUCUGUUGCCAAGGCUAGGGUUUUGCUCGCGUCAGAGAAGAAGAAGAAGAAGGAUGGAGAAAUACGAGCUGGUUAAGGAUAUAGGUUCUGGGAAUUUCGGCGUGGCGAGGCUCAUGAGGAACAAGGAGACCAAGGAGCUUGUGGCCAUGAAGUACAUAGAAAGAGGGCACAAGAUUGAUGAGAAUGUAGCAAGGGAGAUCAUAAAUCAUAGAUCACUGCGGCACCCGAACAUAAUUCGAUUCAAGGAGGUUGUAUUGACUCCUACUCAUCUUGCUAUUGUCAUGGAAUAUGCAGCGGGUGGAGAGCUCUUUGAACGGAUAUGCAAUGCUGGAAGAUUCAGUGAAGACGAGGCUAGGUACUUCUUCCAGCAGCUUAUUUCAGGAGUCAGCUACUGUCACUCUCUGCAAAUAUGCCAUAGAGAUCUAAAACUUGAGAAUACCUUACUAGAUGGAAGCCCAGCCCCACGCCUGAAGAUUUGUGAUUUUGGCUACUCAAAGUCUUCUCUUCUGCAUUCAAGGCCAAAAUCUACUGUUGGUACUCCAGCUUAUAUUGCUCCAGAAGUCUUAUCUCGCAGAGAAUAUGAUGGCAAGAUGGCUGAUGUGUGGUCAUGUGGGGUGACACUCUAUGUCAUGCUGGUUGGAGCUUACCCUUUUGAAGACCAGGAAGAUGCCAAGAACUUCAGGAAAACUAUUCAACGCAUAAUGGCUGUUCAAUACAAAAUUCCUGACUAUGUCCACAUAUCACAAGAUUGCAGGCACCUUCUCUCCCGAAUAUUUGUUCCAAUACCAUCAAGGAGGAUUACACUUAAAGAAAUAAAGUCCCAUCCUUGGUUUUUGAAGAAUCUUCCAAGGGAAUUGACAGAAGUGGCACAAGCAGUGUAUUACAGGAGAGAAAACCCGACCUUUUCACUCCAAAGCAUAGAGGAGAUAAUGAAAAUUGUUGAAGAAGCUAAGAGCCCUCCUCCAGCUUCCCGCUCCGUUGGGGGCUUUGGGUGGGGAGGUGAAGAAGAAGAAGAAGAGGAAGAAGAAGAAGAAGACAAGGAAGAAGAUCCUGAGGGCGAAGAGGAUGAAUAUGACAGGCAAGUGAAACAAGCACAUGAAAGUGGAGAAGUCCCUCCUGUAUCCUGAGAUGGACCCAAUUUCGUCUAUUCUCUUGUUGAAUUUUUAAGGCUUGCAGCUUAAUAAAUCUGUAUAUUUAUAUAUUAAUAUAUAUAUUUAUUUUACAAAAAGCCGGUGGAACCCGAGCCCCGGCCACCUCGGUGAGUUUAUAGUGUGAAAGUAUGAACUGUGGUUGCAUGAAUUUUUAAAUGUUGUAGUUAAUGUUGGUGGAGAAAGUUUGUGAUUUGAGUUUAAAGCUCUACAUUACUAUGCUUUUUCUUGAUUUUUUUCACUUUGAGUCAUAAAAGUGCUGUCUGGCA